AUGGACGGCUUCGUGUUGUCCGCGCUCCGCGAGAACGUCACGAAGGCCAUCCACGAGAACGUCACGAAGGCCAUCCACGAGAGCAUCCACCACGCGCACCACGUGCACGAGGGGCACCACAUCCACGAGGGGCACCACAUCCACGAGAGCGUCGCGAAGAGCAUCGGCGCGGCCCACGAGGCGCCGCGGGGCGGGCUCUGGGUCCGCCCGGCCCCCCCCCUGCACGGCCGCGGGCCGUGGCUGCGCGGCGGGGCUCUGCGGGUGCCCGGCCGAGUCGAGGCAGCAGCCGCCUGGGCCCGAGCUUCCCGGGAGGGGGCGGCCAGGGCGCCCGGCGACGCCAUGCAGCCGAGGGGCGCCCUCGCGCAGCCGCCCCCCUGGCCGGCCGGCGGCCGCUCGCCCGCGGCAGCCGCCGCUGCCGUGCGGCGGGGCGCCCGGGGCUCGGCUCGGCCGCCGCGCGAGCGGCUCGGCGCCCUCCGCAGCGCCAGCCGCGCGGCCGCCCAGAGCGGGUCGCCGCCGCCGUGGUGCCCGACCGGGUCCCGCGCGGGCUGGCUGAGGUGCUGCAGCUUCCACCGCUUCGACAUGAUCGGGAGCAGGGACUGCUUCGGCGGCUGGCCGAGCUGGGAGUACUUCGUCUGCUGCGGCUCCCGCCUCGGGCGGACCUCCCUCGCCAGGCUGUGGCGGGAGAACUUCACGGGCUCGUGGGUGCACGGGCGGCCUGGAAAAACUGCCGCGCUUGCCUGGUCGCAGACUGGGCCCACCUCAUUUCCGGGGGGGGCCGAGCCAUGCCCAUUCCUGGCGGAUGCCAACAGUGCUGUGGAAGUCGACUUAAUGGAGAGGAAGCAUGCUGCCAAAUAA